AUGGGAGUCUAUUGUUUGCAUCACAAUUCAAGGAUACCCUUUCAAAGUGCAAUAAGGGUAUUCGACGAUGAAGCCAUGAGGUCGUAUCCAUGGGGUCGGCCUGCAUACGAAAUUCUAAUUGACUCUAUUAAAACGUUGGCUCCAGAUGGAGGUUCAUACACAAUAAGCAGCAUGAAGGACGCGUUAUUGAUUUGGGCUUAUGAAUCCGUCACAUGCUUCGGUGAGAGUUUUGGGAGAGUGAUCAAUAACGAAGACGUUCCGCUUUUGCGAUGGGGUGGAAAGCGUACACGUGCAAGCUUUGAUAAAUUGUUGUCUGCCGAAAUCGAAAAGCAUGGCGAGGUGCGUGUGAGGAGAAUGGUUUUGAAGGACUCAAACGAAGAGAUGUUUCCUAUUUGGCCGGGUGAAGAUGACGACCCACAACUCGUUAGGUUUAUAACAGACAUACAUUCAGGUAGAUUUGUGAAAGGUUUGUGGGAAGUGCAGGGGAAUGCAAAGGGGAAGGCGAAUGCAAAGGGGAAGGGGAAUGAGAAGAAGAGAAUGAAGGGUGGAGUUUCGUCAGAAGCUGAGCCACCCACUAAGAAGCAGAAGAAAGUUAAGACACAGAAUGAGUCUGAAGCUGAUGCAACGGGAAAGGGUUCUAGCGAGAAGGAAGGUAGCAAAGAGUUGGAGUUGGAGAACAAAGCGACUCUAACGACCAUUGUGAGUACUCUGGAUAUUAUUUCCAGAAAAUUUGAUCAGGUUGACUCACGGUUGGAAACUUACGAGUUAGACCGGAACAGACCAUUGAUGGACCAAAAGACCAUUGAUGACAGGGUGAAUACUUUACUGGAGGAGCGUCUGAAAGAUCUGGGGAUUGAGAAAAUUCCCGAAAACCAUGAUAACCCCUCGCCACAAUUAUCAGAUAACUCUUUAUCGAUGGCAUCACCGGUGGUUCGAACGUAUCAGAAGUCUGUCAAUAGUCCAACGUUAGUAGCUGCGACUCCUGGUAAGGAAUUUGGACCAAAAAAGAAUUUGGCCAAGGAGCUUGAAAAGGAAUCAGGGGUGAAAAGGACUUUGGAUGAGGAGUUUGGUAGUGUCGAUAAAGCUACUGAUAUGCGGCCUCUUGAUUUCGUAGUAGUUUCUCCUGCAAAGGCUACUAAGGAUGAAAAGGCUGCUAAGGAUCAAGCCUAUGGACGCGGCUGCAGGCGCAAGCGUAUUGUUAAGGGUGAGGAAGCCGAUGAGAAGAAAAAAGCAGCGCAGGCAGAUGCUGCGUUUAAGAGGAAGGAGAAGGCUGAGGCUGAGUUAAAGAAGAAACAAGAGGCUGAGCUAAAGAAGCAAAAACAGGCUGGGUCAAAGUACAAAAAGGUGACUCCACCGCGUGACGGUGUAACAAGAUGCAAGGUACAACCUGAUGUAGAGGACAGUUCAUUGGCUGAUAUAAGUGACGAAGUUGUUGCAAAACAUAACGAAUUCGCGUCGGAGUCUGAUGUCGAGAAUUCUGAAGUGGUUAGAUCUGCCAUAAUUAAGGACUACCGGGAGAAAAAUGUUUGGUUAACUCCAAAAUGGUUGUCAAUGACGGCAGUUUCUUCAUCAUUAGUUUUUCCGAACGUUGGACAUGAUGGAACGACGUGCAUGAGGAAGAAUGUUACUCCUUUAUCAGCAAUAUAUGACCCUCUAGCACUUGUUGAUCCGGCGCUAUUGGAGAAACUUAUGCAACACAUCAAGGCAAUUCCACCCAAACCACCAGCAGCACUAGGUAAAAAAGAAGUACUAACAGCUGAUCAUGAGAGUGACUUCUACAGCGUACUCAUACAUGAGAGACCGUGGCCGGAGAAUGAGUAUGGAUGGGUGUUUGAUAAUCAUGUCGUGGCUUAUAUGAACGUCCUCAUUAAAAGGUCCAUGGGAGAGCCCACUCCAUUCUGGUCCAAGCGGAUUGCCUUCGUUGACGUUUGGUGGCAAAGUUUUUUGAUUCACGAUUACGCUCAGUUCAAGAUGAAACCCACAAUGUUCAUGUUCAAAGGCAAUGGUUAUGAAGAUAUGAUAAAUGGUAGGAUUACCAAUCAUUGUCGAACAAACUUGAAGUGGUAUGAAGAUGUGGAUCACUUGUACGGAUGUCUUCAAACGGCGGAAAUCACUGGGUUGCAUAUCACGUGGAUCUGA